UCUACCGUCAAGAGCUUUUCCGAUGAGCAUCUCCGCGAAAACCUGAUUCCAUAGUAUUUCCUUUGGCGUCCAGCAGCUUUAAAACAGAGCCAUUCGCCUUCGAUCCGUGCCGGAGAGAGCUAUUCCCGCCGCGCGUCGCGCAUAAGAUGCAGGUUGGUUGUGUAAGCCAAGCCCGUCGCCAGUAGAGAACAUCUGGCGCUUCAGCACAGCCAUCCCUGAGACCAUCUCUAUCUUCUAUCUUUACGCACCCACCUCCCACCACUCUAAACUUCACUACCCCCCAACACAUACUCACGACGCAUUCACCAUGGCGAUAUCACUCCAAGACCGCACCUCGGAAUUCCACACGCUCACAUCGGCAGUCAACAAGCGACUCGCGCGGUCCGGUCCCUCCGCUGCGCACCAACGGCUCCUCGCCUCCUCGCCCUCGCAAGAUGGCUCUUCCACCCGAAAAUCCAAGAACCCCCGCGGGGAGUUCGCGCGCCGUGCUGCCAACAUCGGCAAGAGCAUUACAGACACGAUGGGGAAGCUCGAGAGGCUAGCGAUCCUCGCGAAACGCAAAACCCUCUUCGACGACAAGCCCGUCGAAAUCGCCGAGCUCACCUACGUGAUCAAGCAGGACCUAUCGGCGAUCAACGCGCAGAUCAGCGGGCUACAGUCAUUCGUGCGGAGCCAAGCGUCGCCCAGCAGCUCGUCGGCGGAACACAGCAAGAACGUCGUCGUGAUGCUGCAGGGGAAGCUUGCGGAUGUGUCCGUGGGCUUCAAGGAGGUGCUGGAAGUCCGCACGAAGAAUAUCCAGGCGUCGAGAGCGCGCACGGAGAAAUUCGUGAGCGGCGUGCGCCCGGCGAGCCCGUCGAAUAUUCUGAAUGGUGGCGGUGCGAGUCAUUCCCCGCUGUAUGCUACGCCAUCGAGUACGCCGAGGCCGCAGGGGGAUGCGGGGCUGUUGAUUCUGGAACCGAUGGGCGCGCAGAGUGCGCAGCAGCUUGCGUUGAUGGAGGAGGGAGGGCAGGGGACGUAUAUUCAGGCUCGUGGGGAGGCUAUCGAGGCUAUCGAGCGGACGAUCACGGAGCUCGGCGGGAUCUUUGGACAGCUGGCGCAGAUGGUUAGUGAGCAGAAAGACAUGAUCCAGAGGAUUGACCACGAGACCGAAGAUGUGGUGGCGAAUGUCGAGGGCGGGCAGAGGGAGCUCCUAAAGUACUUCGCCAGGGUUUCGAGUAAUCGCUGGCUCAUGGUCAAGAUGUUUGGUGUUUUGAUGAUCUUCUUCUUGCUUUGGGUGUUGGUUUCAUAAAGGGUUACUUGUUUUCAUUUUGUAUCAUCAAUAGCCGGCUGGUCUGUACGCUGUUUACUUCUUUCGACUUUCUCUUCUGUAUGGGGGCUCUAGAUUUUUAUCUCUUCGUUUAACUACAUUUUUUUGUUCGUCUGGGUUUGCGUAUGGUUUGGUUUUCGUCUGGGUUUGGGGAACUUUUUGUACAAUCUAGCGGGACGUGCCUCCGAGUUCGUUUUUGCUUCUCUUUCUUCUGCUUCCUCUCCGCCGGGGUUUAUUCAUCGUAAUAGAAAUGGUAGGUGUCUGUACUCUAUUCUCCGAGCAAGUGGAAGGAUGGGUGGGUGAUCAUCUAUGGAUCUGGAAUGACAUCGUGAGGGCGCCGGA